AUGGGUUGGUUCUGGGCCGAUGCUCCUGCGACACCCGUCCACGCGACGUUCGCCUCGUCGCAUCCUCAUGGCGCUAUUCCGUCCGGCUCUCCUCCUCCCAGCUGCCCGAUGCACCAAAAGUCUGCCGAUGCGUUGACAACAGCAAAGCCCGCCGCACCCGCUCCUCCCUCCGCCUGCCCAGUCCCUCACGAUCAGCGCCACGCCGCAGCAGCAGCAGCUCCUCCUCCCCUCUCAGCAUGCCCCGUCCCCCACGACCAACGACACUCCGCCGCCGCGGCACCGCCGGCAUCAUGCCCGGUACCCCACGACGCACCAAAGCCCGCCGAGUCCAAGGGCUUCCUCCAGCAAAUCAACCCCCUAAACUACAUGUUCAAGGAAAUCUCACAAGCGCCCGCCGAAAACCAAGCCGUCGCGCUGCCGACCGAGAGAGAACCCUCCACGAUACCCAGGGGCUCCGGCGACGGCAACUGGGAGUAUCCUUCCCCUCAGCAGAUGUACAACGCCCUCCUGCGCAAGGGGUACACCGACACCGACAUCACCGCCGUCGAGUCCAUGGUCUCGGUGCACAACUUUUUGAACGAGGGCGCCUGGGCUGAGAUUGUCAGCUGGGAGGAGCGCUUCGGCAAGGGUCUUUACCGGGGCUGGCAGGCGUGCAAGCGCGGCGAGGAGAACUCGGAGGAUAUGGUUGAGAGGCUGAAGGACGGCUCGGAGACGCCGCCGACGCUCAUCCGGUUCCAGGGGCGUCCGAAGGAUAUGACGCCCAAGGCUGUUAUGUGGCAGGUUGCCGGCUGGCUCUACCCAUCAAAGUUUGAGACCGAGCCUCCCUUUGACCGACACGACUGGUUCGUCUCCCGCAAGGUCGGCGGCGUUGAAAAGGAAAUCCGAUACGUCAUCGACUACUACUCUGGCGAGCCCGAACCCACUGGCGAACCCGUCUUCUACCUCGACGUCCGGCCCGCCGUCACACCCCUCGGUGCUGCGGAGCGGCUCAUCAGAUGGGGAGGCGACGUGUGGUGGCGGGCUUCUGGCGCCGAGGUGCGCGAGCAGGAGCAGCUUGCCAAGCAG